AUCGCUGUUGAAGAGCGGACGCAUGGGACUCCAUCAGCUGCAGCUCAACACCGUUCAUGGGUCACAUGACCUGGCGGGUCACGUGUAGCGCCGUUUGCGUCACUCGGUUCAGCUGAGGCUUCAGUCCCAUCACUAAGGUGAGCCUGCUGGCAUUUCAAACACACCGCAUAACAUAAACACUGAGCCGUGCAGGGGCUUGUUUUGGUUAGUUACAAGAUAUUGCGUACCAGUUUGUAAGUCGUGGACGAUAAAAAUAAAGUAAGUUACAUUAUUAUUUUAAUUUUAGUUGUUGCAGGCCCUUUGUUUACACGAACUCGGCAUGGCGGGCAUCAACAAGACCGAUUCAAUUUAAAACAGUUAAAAUAAAAGGAGCCGGGGAAAUCCAUCGAAAGUAAGCUGCUAAACAAUACAGUGGACAGUGUGGAGAUGGAAUCUGUCCAGAUUAAAGAGGAGUUCCCUGAACUUGAACCUGUCCCCAUUAGAGUGGAGUUCUCUGGGCUGGCUUCCCUCCCCAUUAAACAGGAGCUGUGUGAGAUGCAAUGUGAGAGCAGUCAGCCAGAGGUCUCUGAGAUUAAAGCAGAGCACAAUGAAUUGGAGAUCCCCCAGACAGAAGAACCCCUUCCUGUUAAACAAGAAGAGGUGCUGGAAACUGCCUGUAUUAAACAGGAGCCCCCUGAAGUAGAGUUUGAGCACAUGGAACCAGGGAAGGAAGAAUCCGAGGACUUCAAACCAAACAUCCCUGAGCUGGAGCCUGUACGCCUGCGGGAGUGUAGCGUGGUGCUGGAGAGAAUCUGCUUGAGAGAGCAAGGUGCUGGAGAGGAAGGCUCUCCCAACAGCAUGCAAGGAGGUGGAAAGGAAGACGGACGCUCACAUUCAGAAUGCAGUCUAGCAGGUUCCAGUCCAGAAGCUAAAGCGAGGGCGGACAGUGGAGAAUAUCCUGUUUGUGGGAAAAGUUUCACCCAGUUAGGGCAUUUUAAAAUACACCAGCGAACUGACACAAGAGAGAAACCGUAUUGCUGCUCUGACUGUGGGAAGAGUUUCAGUAGGGUAGACCACCUUAAAAUACACCAGCGAACUCACACAGGAGAGAAACUGUAUCACUGCUCUGACUGUGAUAAGAGUUUCAGUCGGUCAGGACACCUUGUUUCACACCAGCGAACUCACACAGGAGAGAAACCAUAUCUCUGUUCUGACUGUGGGAAGAGUUUCAGUCAGUCAAACAACCUUAUUUCACACCAGCGAAUUCACACAGGGGAGAAACCGUAUCGCUGCUCUGACUGUGGGAAGAGUUUCAGUCAGUCAAACAACCUUGCUUCACACCAGCGAAUUCACACAGGAGAGAAACCAUAUCGCUGCUCUGACUGUGGGAGGAGUUUCAGUUACUCAAACAACCUGAAAAAACACCAGCGAGUCCACACACUCAAUUACAUUGUAAUUGUUAUAUGAACACAAUGCUACCAAGGUUGAAACCUUUCCUGUACAAUUGUUUCUGUGUUGACCAGUCCUGUGUAUAUAAUCACAGAAGGGUUGUGUCCACUGUCACCCAAUGCAGGAGUUAGGAUGUGUUGCAAUGGAGCUGCACUGACUCAUGCUGGAGGCUCAUUGCACCAUUAUUAAAAUCUGUAUGGAGUGUUCAGUGUAAUAAGAGAUAACAGAAGACUGUUGUUAUCUUUGUGUGUGUGUGUGCUCUCUGCAGUAAUCAUUACACUUAGAUCCCCCCAGCUGUACAGUUAAGAAUAAAACAUGUUGGGAAAACAAAUACAAUAAUAAUGUUAAAAUGAGAGUAAGAAGGGAUCAGCAUUGCAUCUUCACCAUCAAAGAGCGUUCUCUAUGGCCCUCUCUAUCCAAGGCUUUUACAAGAACCUCACCAAGCAAGGGAUGAGUAUGGAGACUGAACUGCUACAGUUGAGUUAGUCCAGGGCAGGCUUGAGGCACAGAGACUGAACUGCUCCCUCCCUCCAUCCCUCACCCCCUAAGAGAAAGGGUGCUCCCUCCAGUCCAGGGCAGGCUUGAGGCACAGAGACUGAACUGCUCCCUCCCUCCCUCAUUAAGAGAAAGGAUGAUGCCUUGCCCCCCUAAAAGAAAGGGUGCUCCCUCCAGUCCAGGGCCGGCUUGAGGCACAAAGACUGAACUCCUUCUCUCAAAGUGUUAUAGUAAAUCUGAAGCAAGGAGACUGGUUUAAUAUGCCUGCCCAGCUCGUUUGUGGCUUGUAAUCACAUCACAUGGUGCUGGAGAGCCCCUUCAGGCAGGUUCUAGAGGUGUCUUUACAUCACUGCGGUCCUGUAAUACACUUUUACUACAGAUUAUUUGAGACAGUUUUGAAAUGUAUAGCUCAGCUGUGGCCAAACGUUAUUUCAGUUGGAAUGUUGGUAGUCAUGGUUUUGUUGCAUGUUGAAUAUGAUAAAGGGGUUUCGUUAAAUUAGAUGUUUUUCAAUGGCAUAAAAAGUCUGGUUUUUUUUUUAAACAUAAAGGUUGAUUUCAUUCAUUCUCUGCCUGAAUUCAAUUGGAUUGGAAAAAAACCCUGAAUUAUUUCUAAAAUAAACUAUGAUAUGAAUCAUCAAUUCGGCAAAAUCUAAUAUGAAAUACUACUGUACUACUAUUAUGGCUUCCGCUAGUAGCCUUUCGCGAUGUCAUUUUGUAGUUUGUAGGUGAUGCAGAACUUUUGGCCACAGCUGUAGAAAACUCCCGAAUUCUAACACAGAGACCCAGUUGAAACGCAUCACGCUGAUGCCUUUAUUACAAAAACAUGAUGAUUAUGAUUUUAAAACAGUAAUAUUUUUCCAGCAAGAGGCAGGAAUUCAAAUGCAAUUCAAUAGAAGCUAAAUCAUCAUCAUCAUCAUCAUCAUUAUCCCAAUUAACAAUUUCCUGCCAACUUUCAAUGAAUUAAUGAAAUUAAGUCUUAGUAAAUAACAGACACUUAUUUUAAAAGCCAGAAGCCACCUUCUGUUAACAAUAAAAAAGAGUUGUAAGUUAAUAAAUGAAAUUGAAUAGAGCUGGGGGUUGAAUUGUCAAGACUCUCGUGGGGUCCUGUGGCGAGGUGGGAGAUAUAUUCAAGCUCCCAGAAACAUGUUCUGAAGGAAGCCAGACAUGCUAUUGUUUCACAAGCCUCCCUGAUUAGCACUAAUCUCAGACUACCCUGCCCAAGCUAACAUUAGUUCAGAGGUGUCAGACUCAGUUCCUGCAGGGCCUCUGUCUGUUCUGGCUUUCCUUCCUACCCCCCAGCUCUCAAUUACUUCAUUGGUCGAAUUAUUUGAUUAAUUUAUUGGACAGAUUUAACACUUCUCUCCAGGCCUCAAAAUGUUUUGUAGGUCGUGUACCUUGAAGCAAGU